CAAGGCAACCACUUUUUUUCUGGCGUCGGAAUCCAACCCUAACAACCUCCUCAAUGCAUUUGAAUCUCAAUUUUCUCUCAUUUUUCUGAUCUUUCUUCCUCUCGAUCCCGGAGAAUCAGAAAAAUGGAGGCCGACGAUCGCUUCGUGGAUUUGAAUCCGAGGACCUGCGUGGUGUUGGGAGGGCGUGGGUUUCUCGGCCGAUCUCUGGUUCUCAGGCUCUUGACACUCGGCAAGUGGAUCGUUCGAAUUGCUGAUUCUGCUGACUCGCUUGAACUCGAUCAUUCCGAGCAUGAUUCUCUCCUCUCUGUCUCGCUUUUGUCUGGUCGGGCUUCCUAUUUCCAUGUCGAUGUUCGCGAUAAGGAUCAGAUCGUUACAGCUGUCAGUGGUUCUUCUGUUGUGUUUUAUAUGGACUAUGAAGAUUCAUGUUCGAAUGAUAUUUAUCUCUCAUACAUGAUUAUAGUUCAAGGUGCCAAAAAUGUCAUUAAUGCUUGUCGAGACUGCAAAGUAAGACGGCUAAUAUUCAACAGUUCAGCUGAUGUAAUUUUUGAUGGUUCACGUGAUAUAAAUAAUGGAGACGAAUCAUUAAAAUAUCCAUGGAAAUUUGAGGACAUGUUGAGUGACCUAAAGGCUCAAGCUGAAGCACUCAUCCUGUUUGCCAACGAUAUAGAUGGACUUUUAACAUGUGCACUUCGCCCUAGCAAUGUUUAUGGGCCAGAAGACACGCAACUCAUUCCUUUUGUAGCGAAUCUGGCAAAAUCUGGUUUGGCAAAGUUCAUUAUAGGGAAUGGUGAAAACAUGUCUGAUUUCACAUUUGUUGAGAAUGUGACCCAUGCCCAUAUCUGUGCAGAAGAAGCACUAGAUUUUCGAAUGGUGUCUGUGGCUGGAAAGGCAUUUUUCAUUACUAACUUUAAACCCAUGAAGUUUUGGAAAUUUAUAUCUCUCAUUUUGGAAGGCUUGGGUUAUCGAAGGCCAUCAGUUAAACUUCCCUCUAAGAUGGUUUGGAAUGUUCUCUUGUUUAUGAAAUGGAUACAUGAAAGGUUCGGAUACGAUAGAUAUAAUCAUUCCACUUGGGCUCGUUACAUUCAGCUAGCCUCGUGCACUAGAACUUUUAACACUGUUGCUGCACACAAACAAAUUGGGUACUCUCCUGUUGUUUCCGUGGAAGAAGGCAUCAGACUAACCAUUGAAUCAUUUUCACAUUUGCGCAAAGAAUUGGCCGUUGCAAGUUUCACCGACUUUACUGAAGAAUCAAAAGUUGAUAAGCUGCUUGGUGGUGGAAGAGUUGCCGAUAUAUUGUUAUGGCGAGAAGAGAAGAAAUCAUUCACAUGUUUUCUUGUUUCGUCUCUAUUGUUUUAUUGGUUUUUUGUACGUGGAGGAACUUUUAUAUCAUCAGCAGCCCAACUUCUGUUGUCUAUCAUUGUCGUCCUUUAUGGAUAUGGCUUCAUACCACCAAACAUAUAUGGGUUUGAUGUUCAGAAAUUAUCUGCGUCUACCUUUCAUUAUUCUGAUUCUGUAGUAAGAGAUACAAUUCUGACCCUAGCAUGCCUGUGGAACGGAGCUAUGUGUAACGCAAGAUCAUUGGCCCGAGGAGGGGAUUGGAAUCAUUUUUUUAAGGCUGCAGGAUAUCUUUAUGUCCUCAAGCUGUUUUUCUCACAAUCCUUGACUAUGCUGAUAGGCAUGGGACUGGCGUUUGCAUUCACUGCAUUCUUUGUGUACGAGCAAUACGAAUCCGAGAUCGACGGGUUUGCAAAGUUCCUUUUCAUCGGCGCCAUGGAAUUAAAGAGAUCACUUGCAAGCCAUAUACCAGUACAAGUGAUGUCAUUUCUCUGUAGUGACAAAGCAUCACAUCAAGCUAAAGAAGUUGCAGCAACAAAGCGUUAGAGUCGCAUCCAAGUAUGUCUGAUCAAUCCGUUAGCUCACUCGGGUGUCUGCUAGAAUAUCUAGAGCCUUUCUCCCCCCAGUAGAAGCGAAGAAGUGGAGGUAAUCUAGCAUAUUACAAAACUCGACCCGAACCCUUCUUCUUGCAACAUUUUCUGCCAUUACUAUGCAAUGUCUUUUAACACACACCUGUUAAGCAUCAGAGGCCAAAUAAAAUGUUGAAACUCGAUGUGUAGCGUAGACGGGCACGAUCGAGAUGUAGAUGAAUAUUUGGGGCUAGAGUCUAGUUUUUCAUCCUUGUCCUAUCAACAUUACUUGUAGUAUUGAUGGCCAGCAGCAGCUAGUUCAGUACUUGAAAUGUGGGGCUACAGUUUUCUUUUUUCCUUGAAACACCAUAAUAUAGGGUUGAAGGUGAUGCAAUUUCCCUUCCUUUGAAUGCAUUGCAAUCUCUUAAGCCUUAUAAUAUGUGAUUCACCUUAGUAUUGAAGAUUAAUAAGCGAUAUUAGUUUUGGUUUAUUUUA